AUGUCGUCGAAAUUGAAAAUCUUCGAGCUCCUCGACGUUCUCGACAACCUGAAGCAUCUCAAGCGAACCGGAUGGGUGAAGUGUGGAGUAACGGAGCCAGAAACCGUCGCGUGCCACAUGUAUCGAAUGGCGGUGCUCGCGAUGGCGUUGGAAGGGGAAAUCGAUAAUCUGGACGCGAUGAGAACUGUGAAAAUGGCACUUGUACACGAUAUCGGAGAGGCUAUCGCCGGUGAUAUCACUCCACAUUGUGGAGUUUCAGAUCAAGACAAGUUUGAUCUCGAGAAAAAGGCAAUCGACACAAUUGCCUCCUACGUUCCGAAUGUUGGCGAUGAGUGGACGAUGCUGUGGAAGGAGUACGAGGAGGCGGCGUCGUUGACGGCGCGCGUCGUCAAGCAUCUCGACAAGUUCGACAUGAUUGUGCAGGCCGAUAAGUACGAGCAGACGCAUGCCAUCGAUCUACAACAGUUCUUCACAAGCACCACCGGCGUUCUGACGAUGGAACCGUUUGCCACGUGGGAUCGCGCGUUGAGAGAGAAGCGAAAUCAACGGAUCAAUAAGGAGUGA